CGCUUUGUGUGGUGAGUGACGGUUCGCGUGACCCAUUUCCUGUUCCGGACUUAGCAUGUAAAAUCGACCGGUUUUAACCAUGGCUUACGUCGCAGCCUAUUCAGUCGGUUUCGAAGGUUGCUCCAGUGAAGAUGCAGUCGAUCCUAUUACUGCUGCUCUCUGCUGUCACCGUUUUCGCGUCUAAUUGUAACUAUCCGAGUGCACCACAAAAUGGUUUCGUUCGAUACACUAGCGGCAGUAGCUAUGCUUUCUACGGGUGUAAUCAAGGGUACAGGCGGGAUGGUUCGAUCCUAGCAAUUUGCGACCAGUACGGUUCUUGGUCUGGCAGCAAACCCAAGUGUGUUCUCACAGGCUGUGGGACUCUUAGCAAUCCUGCCAAUGGUCGCGUUUCCGUCGUUUCAGGCAAGGCAAGGUAUUCCUGUAAUUAUGGUUACUCUCUUCGUGGUCAAUCUCAGCGUACUUGCACUAACGGGAGAUGGUAUCCCGAGGAGCCAUACUGUCAAAGAGGUUGUCCGAAUCUCGCUGCACCUGCAAACGGCCGCCUUAUUAAGAGCGGCUCACUAAGGGUAGGGUAUUCAUGCAAUUCUGGUUACUCUCGUCGUGGACCUUACUGGCGUACGUGCACUAACGGGCAAUGGUCAGGCUACGCAUCCUACUGCGAAAGAGACUGUCCAACUCUGAGUGGUGUCGCCAAUGGUCGUGUCUCUGUGAAUAGAGGCGUUGCUACAUACACAUGUAACUAUGGCUACUACCUUCUUGGUCAACCUCAACGUGUCUGUGAACACGGGAGCUGGUCUGGUUACAGUCCAGCGUGUGUCAGAAAGUGUCCAUCUCUCAGUAACCCAACAAAUGGUGGUGUUUCUGUAAACGGGAGAACUGCAACAUACACGUGUAAUUCGGGUUACACUCUCCGUGGUUCAGCUGUGCGUCAGUGCAGUGGUGGUCAGUGGUCUGGUUACGCCUCUACGUGUAUCAGAAAGUCAUGUGGACAACCGCCUGCACCCCGUAAUGGGUACGUACGGGUGUCGCCUACUGGAAAAUCAGCCAUCUACAUAUGUAACAAAGGUUACAACCAGGUUGGAAGUCCCUUCAGGGUCUGUUCUAAUGGUCAAUGGGGUGGAUCCACUCCCAGCUGUUGUCUAGUCUUACCGAAUCCUCUCAAUGGUGGUGUGAGUAUUGUUGGUGGCAUUGCCACAUAUUCAUGUAACUAUGGAUAUCAACUUGCGGGCAAGAAGCAGCGAACAUGUCAGAAUUCUUUCUGGAAUGGAAGAGCUCCAACUUGUGUCAAGAUCAAUGAAAAAUGUCCGGUUUUGUCGAACCCAUCCUAUGGUUCCGUCACUAUAAUUCCUAGUGGACAGAUUGCUGUGUAUCUAUGCAAUCCCGGCUAUGAGAUAAGAGGUUUCUCACUUCGAACCUGUAAGAGUAAUGGACAGUGGACUGGAUACGCUCCUGUGUGUAUCAAAACUCAAGUCAAGGAAUGUCUAAGACUCUCUCGUCCCCUAAACGGAGCUGUGCAAGUGUCAGGCAAUGUAGCACGUUAUACCUGCAAUCAAGGCUUCGCGCUGCAGGGCAGUGCAACACGAACAUGCCGGGAUGGUGUCUGGGGAGGAAGCGCACCCGUCUGCAUUCGAUUGGUUAUUCCCUGCCCUACUAUUGUGGGACUUGCCAAUGGUGUUGUGGAUGUGCAGGGCAACACAGUAACUUACACAUGUAAUUCUGGAUUCAUCCUGAUUGGUAAUAGACAGAGAACGUGUAGAAACGGUGUAUGGUCUGGCAGCCGACCACGUUGUGAUGCAGUGGUGGUCCCAUGUCCUAUACUUGUUGCUCCUACUAAUGGAAAUGUCAACGUGAAUGGCGAUACUGCAGAGUACUCAUGCAACGAUGGGUUCAGACUUCAGGGCAACCGCAGACGAAUGUGUCCAAAUGGUAUCUGGAGCGGAUCGAAUCCUAUGUGCGUGAGAAUUCCAUGCCCUCAAUUGGUCAACCCCGCGAAUGGUGCUGUCCAGGUGCAAGGCAACACGGCAGUCUACACAUGCCACCAAGGUUUCGAACUUAACGGCAAUCGAAGGAGAAGAUGCAACAAUGGAGUAUGGAGUGGACAAGAGCCCACAUGCGACAGAGAGGUUUGUACUGAAGGUUCCCAGUGGCGGGAUAGCUGUAAUCAACUGUGCACUUGCGUGGGCGGGGAAGCUCGUUGCUGUCGUGAAAGAAAAGACAUCGAGUCGAUGACCGUUCAAGAAAAGCGUCUCUAUGUCGAUGCUGUCAUCACAGCCUCUACAGAUCCUCAGUAUCGUACUCAGUAUGAAACGUUGUUGGGUAUUCACAGAACGCAGUUUGGGAGUGGUAUACAUGCUGUUGACCAGUUCUUGCCCUGGCAUCGAUGGUUCUUGAUAGAGUACGAAAAUUUACUGAGAAGAGUCAAUUGCAAUGUGACCGUGCCAUACUGGGAUUGGAGUCUGUGGGCCAGCCAACCAUUCAGUGCUUCUCUUUGGGGCGCCGAAAACCAUCACCUUGGUGGAGACGGCGGAGGAUCCCAGAACUGCGUUCAGACUGGAAGAUUUCGAGGGAACGUCUGGUCUAUACCAGGUGGCAGUUGUCUUACCCGGCAAUUCUCAAACGGUCAGUUUCCUGGACCAGUUGAAGUAGCUGAAGUCCUCAACAGGAAUCCGUCUCAAUUCUCUGAUUUCGAAAUUGGACUGCGAGUCAAUCUCCACAACAGUGUCCACUGUUGGAUUGGUGGCACCAUGUGCUCAAGAAAUUCCGCCUAUGCUCCCGAAUUCUUCCUCCAUCACGGAUAUAUAGACAAACUCUGGGCCGACUGGCAAGAGAGGAGCUCUGCCCACCACGAUGCACACUUCUCUACAAUGAGCAAUCCUAUGGUCGCUGCCGGCUCCGUCACUCCGGCGGACGUUAUCGACAACGACAACUUGCCUGGUGAUAUCAGCGUGUGUUACACGGAUCCGACCACCACGCCCGCGGCGGACGUUGCUGUCGCGUUGAGAGCGCUCAGUAACGUCGUCCUCAAGAGCGUAUCUCGUCCUACAUUCAUGCCAAUGGUUGACGAGUCGUUCAGUCUGUUCGGAGUUUCAGCGAGUGACCGCCAGACGGCUGAGGCUAUUGACCAAGACAUGAGAGUGGGUACUAAGGAUCGAGUUGAUUCAACUGAUGUUCUUUCUGUACUGGACGCUGAGAUACGGGACCGUACGGGCAUUAAUGUGGAAUCGUGACCACACAAGGUAGACGUUUGAGUUUUGAGUUACGUGAAAACUGUACGUUUUGUAUAGAAUGACGGUUGAUAUAAAGUGCAACUGCAUAACAUUUGCGACAUUUGUUCUGUUCGUGUAGUUUAUGAAGCGUUCACAGACGUUGUGACGCGUAGAGCUUAAGCUCAAUGAAACUUUUCAAUAACUUGUUAGUAAAAUUGGA